AACGGGGCUCUUCCCCAAAGCGUCGCCAGCAGCUGUUAGCAGAGCGCAGCCCGGCUGUUUCCCCGGGCAGAGAGCGAGGAGGGCUGUUGGCAGCCGGGAAAGAGGUUAGCUCCGGCCGCUUUUCCGGCGCGCUCUCCUUCUUUCCAGUCGAACCACGCCGGAGCCGAGCGAUGGUGGCUCUUUCGGGCGCAGCUCGGUGAAUAUCCGCGCCCGGAGCCAGCGCGGGUCUCCCGGGGACCCGGGACGGGGCCAAGAUGGGAUGUUGCACCGGCCGCUGCACUUUGAUCUUCCUCUGCACUUUACAGCUGCUUGUUGCUUUAGAGAGACAAGUCUUCGAUUUUCUGGGCUACCAAUGGGCUCCGAUUCUGGCCAAUUUCCUCCACAUCAUCAUGGUGAUUCUGGGCCUUUUUGGGACAAUCCAGUACAGACCACGCUACAUUGUGGUGUAUGCCAUCUGGACGGCCAUUUGGGUCACCUGGAACAUUUUCAUCAUCUGCUUUUAUUUGGAGGUCGGGGGUCUUUCAAAGGACAGUGAACUUUUGACGUUUAACAUCUCCCAACACCAGUCAUGGUGGAGUGAGAAUGGUCCUGGUUGCGUAAGGAAGGAGACGCCCAUGAUCGGCAUCAAAGGUCUGGACAACCAUUCCUAUGUUUCUGUGAUCGGUUGCGCGCUGGAGUAUCGUUACAUCGAGGUCAUGCACAGCGCCCUGCAGAUUCUGGUGGCGCUGGUGGGAUUCGUGUAUGCCUGUUACGUUGUCAGUGUCUUUACAGAAGAAGAAGACAGUUUUGAUUUCAUUGGUGGAUUUGACCCAUUCCCUCUCUACCAUGUUAAUGAAAAGCCUUCCAAUCUUUUGUUCAAGCAGACGUAUCUGCCUGCGUAAGUGACAAGGAUCCAGCAUCCGGAGAGGUGGGAACAUCCAUCCCUCCAUUGAAAUGCCAAAUGUUCAGCUGGGUGCUGGAGGCAGCCAGGGAAUGGGAGAUGCCUUCCACUUGAAAGAGUACGCCUCCAUGGGAUCCCUAUUCUCUACUUGGUGCUUCAGGCUUGCUGGCAUCUGCUCAGACAAUGCCUCAUUAGUGGAUUUUGUAGGUUUUGUUAUGAAUGAAUAUUUCCUUCUUUCUCCUCCCUGCCCAUGCCCUAUCUUUACUCUAUUGGGACUACGAAGAGAGCAUUUGGGAAAUACAUAUUUGACUCUUUUCUUCUGUACGAAAACGAACUGCAUCACCUCUGGAUAUUUCGAGGCAUAAACUCGGUUAUUAUCAGUGGACUAAUUCUCACUCCCCUUCAAUCCCCGUCUACCCCGAACAAUCUCAAUUUUGUUGUUUCUAUUAAUGGACAAGCUGUUAAUUAAAAUUAUCUGUAUCUGGGAA